AUGUCCUUUGCUUUGGAGACCACUGAUGAUUCAACAACAGUCCGAGUCAGAGGCGUCGAGAACAUCAAGCCCCUCCUGGACACGUUCCAUGCCCACGGCUACAAUGAACUUGACACUGCCAGAUUCUACUGCCAUGGCGAUACAGAAACAGUAUUAGGACAGGCGCCCACAGAGCAAUUCAAAAUCUCUACGAAAGUGUGGCCCACAGUUCCCAAGGCUCAUGGAUCCGAGCUUUUGAAGAAAACCUUUAGAGAAUCGUUGGCAGCAUUGAAUGGCAAGAAAGUCGACAUCUUUUACUUGCAUGCUCCGGACUACACGACCCCUUUUGAGGAGACGAUCAAGGCUGUGGAUGAGCUCUAUCGCGAGGGACUCUUUGAGAGGUUUGGAUUGUCGAACUUCGCCGCUUGGCAGGUGACGCUGAUCCACGAACUCUGCAAGCAGAACGGAUACGUCGUUCCAACAGUCUACCAAGGAAUGUACAAUGCUUUCACCAGGGAUGUCGUGCGCGAGCUGCUGCCUUGCCUCAAGGCCCUCAACAUUGCCUUCUACGGCUUUAAUCCCAUUGCUGGAGGGCUUCUCUCGGGCAAAAUCGACUUUGACAAAGUAGAUGAAACCAAGGGCGGUCCGUUUGACACCGCGGUAAGCAUGAUCUAUCGCGAGCGCUACCUCAACACGCUGACCGUCGACGCUGUCAAAAAGAUGGAAAAGGUGUGCAAGGAGCACAGCCUCACUUUGAUAGAGUCAGCUCUGCGCUGGAUGUCACACCAUGCAGGUCUCGGUCCACAGGACGGAAUCAUCAUUGGUGCUUCCUCCGUUGGCCAUCUUGAGGCUAACCUCAAAGAUCUGGAAAAAGGUCCCUUGCCCAAGGGGGUGGUGGAAGCCUACGACGAAGCCUGGGAACAUGUCAAGGUCGCUUGUGCCUCGUACUUCAAGACCCAACAAUCUGUGGGAAGUCUUAACGCGAAGUAGUGAAAUAAUUUUUCUCUCAGCUGAGAUGAGGAUGUAGUUAAAGCCUCACCUCGAAUCACAACUCAACUCGGC